GAUCUUGCUUGCUUGUCACUGAUUUUCUUAAUUCAUUUUUUUUUCUAGGCGCCAAUUUUUGUUGUGUCCAUAGCCUGGUUGGUCGGUGUGUAUGUGCUGUGUUGCUGGUGAUUCCGAAUCAUAAAUUGAGCCAUCCUCUCGUCGAUUGUUGUUGAUCCAGUUUCAAAUCUCUCAGUCUAAUCAGAAGACUCUUAUACUAAGCAUUUAAUCUUCUUAUAAUCCUUGUCCUGCUUUAUAGACUACUUUGGUUCACUGCUUCUAUUAUAUCUGUCCUGGUUUUCCCUUACAUCCAGCAUCUACAGACCUUUCCAUAUUGCACCGGCAGCACCAUGCAUACCGCUGCUCUCUUCCUUGCCCUCGCCCUCUCUGCCCAUGCGGUUCCUGUCCUCCACGCUCGUGGAAAUGACACCGUCGAGCGUAGAGAGGAAGGCCCCUACAAAGUCGUGAAUGUUGCGGGUCCUACUACCCCCGUCGUCGAGACCAUCACUGCGACUAACCCUCCGGCACCGCCUACCACUAUCACCGUCACUGAGUACCCCUCGUCCACACCAGCUUCUGUGCCUGGCGCUUCUCCCUCACCCUGGAAUGCCGGGCCUACCGUGGAUGGUGCUCCUUUGAAUCGCCGCGAAACCAACAGCAGCGCAAGUGCUUUUCGCCGACGUGGAAUCCUUGACGAUGCUACCAACAGCACCCUGAGCCGACGUGCGAGGUUCGAGGAUGACGCCACUACCAACAAGACAGAGAGCCGCCGGGAAAUUCUCGACCAUGCUACAAACAGCACUCUGAGCCGGCGUAAAAUGUUCUCGGAUGAUGCCACCAACAGCACCGAAAACCAUGCGAUCGCCACUCGCAGCAACGACACCAUCCCGGCUCAGAGCCAGCCUAAGGUGGAUGUUAUUGCUCGGGGUUUGCUGUCGGAAGCGCGCAACGAGACUGAGCACAGACUGCAGGCUCGCAGCAACAUCACUUCCGAAGUUGUUGCCCGGAGCAAUGAUACCAUUGCUAAGGCCAUGGCCCGCCGGUCACUUUACGAGGGGCUUGAGUCCGACAACAGUACCGCUAGGGUUGUUGCACGUAGCAACGAUACCGUUUCCAAGCUGGUAACCCGCGAGAUUGGAGACGCGGAGUCUGCGUUGAACUCCAGCAAGGUCCUCGAUCACAAGGUUCGGGGCUUGAAUGAGACAGCUUUGCAGGCGCGGGCGUUCAAUGACACCCCCUCUGACACCGCCGUUAUGUCUUCCAGGCCUCACGCUAGGGGCCUGAACCACACAGAUUCUCAGGCGUAGAGUCAUCUUCAGGUGCCAAGGUGACGCUUAAUCAGGUCCUGCCAUAUCGUUCUGCAGGUUGAAAAACCGUCGCCAACGACUAGUAUGAAAACAUUUCAUGAAUUUUGAUGGAUAAUGAACAUGCGUUUCUUUCACGAAUUUCGGUUUUUGCAUCGUCACGAUAUGUCAUGACUGCCAUGGUUGGUGAUUAUGGUCAUGAUAGCAUGCAUCUAUGGGGGCGUUUGUUAUUCCUUUUUCCUUCCUUCCUUUGCUUUUUUCCUUAUGGUUCUCAGAUGGUUUCAUGCUCUCUUGUGGGAAAGGCUAUUGUUGGUUUUAUGUAGGGGAGCGAUUGCUUUCAUUCGAUUUCGGGUACGUACUAGGUCUAGAUUGUGGUCGGGUUUUACAGUUAUAGGAUAGAUUGCAUGAAAAGAUGGAAUGAAUGGAUGAAUAUUCGAAGAA